AUGCACUUGGAUUAUGCCUUUCGAGAGGGAGAGAUUGAGGUCAAUUACACCAAAACACCUGGUCAGGUCAUGCUUGAUGUUGCCAAGUACCACGUGAACAAAUUUUACAACCUUCGAUUUCCACAUGAGAGCAUCCGGCGGCUCCCUAAUCAGAAUGGAAUCUGCGAACAUGACUUGGAUCGCUCCAUCCCCACAUGGAUUCCGUUGACCUGGAGGGGGCGGCAUCUUGGAGGGGUUCCUGUCAAGUCUCGACAGCGAAAAUACGAAGCUUCUGUGUACGCUAGGACAAUUCUGAUCUUGGGGACUACGACGGAAGCAAUGCCGACCAAAGCGACUUCGAUCACGACUAUUCUGACAGAAGCGAUUCUGACGAAGGCGAUUUUUCACGAAAGGGAUGUUGGGGAACGGAAUUUUGAUUCUGAUGACGAAGAGCUGUUUAUCAAAUGUGCUCCAAAUUGCGUUGAUGCAGAGACUAUGCAAUUACGCGCCUGUGGGUUCCGAGUCGUCAGCAUACAGAGUCCGUUGAAUCUUCCAGACAAUGAAGAAACGAUGACGCUCCUAAAAUUUUGGUCUUCUGCCCUUGGCCAGCAUAUCCACUCAUUUAUCAGCUGCGAUACCCCAUGGUUACCACUUGAUAUGAUCCGAGCCUUAGCAUCCAUUCGACUGGAGAUAGACAAGGAGACUAUCUACGAGGCUUGUGUGGCCGGACUCACGCAUCUAUUCGAGAUCAGUCAACGUCCAGAUUCGGCAGAUCGUCCCUUCGGUUUCCUUGGAUCCACCAUUCUCGACUUGCUAGAACCCGUGCGAGACAUACACGAAUACGGGCUCCGCGCUGUCAACAACAUCACCUCAUCACUUGUGGGACGCAUGAGCAUUUUAACCGACAAACACUGCUUCGGACUUGUACCUCGGUGUGAAAUAGGAGCUGGAGACGAGAUAUGGAUGUUAUCCGGAUGUUCUCUGCCCUCAGUUCUGAGACAACAGAGCAACGGAACAUAUACACAUAUUUGCACGGCGCGUAUUCCUUCCCUCAUGAGUGACAUCACAGGACAUCCGGACAUUCGACGAUUAGCACCAGAGGCUGCGCCUGGAAAUCAAAUUGGCGAGUGGUCGAUUGAGAAUAUCGAACUUAGUUGA